UUUGGCGGGUUCUUCUUGUAGGAGAAGCAGCGGUCGGGUCCAGCUUGCUAACGAGCCGCGGUGAAGAGCAGUCGACAUAACCAUGCCUCGUGUUUAUAUUGGACGGCUGAGCUACCAUGUCCGCGAAAAAGACAUUCAGCGAUUCUUCAGCGGAUAUGGGAAGCUCAUGGAAAUCGAUUUAAAGAACGGCUACGGAUUCGUGGAGUUCGAGGACAACCGAGACGCCGACGACGCCGUGUACGAGCUGAACGGGAAGGAGCUGUGCGGGGAGCGGGUGAUCGUCGAGCAUGCCCGGGGGCCGCGGCGAGACCGAGAUGGCUACGGUGGGGGUUACUGGGGUGGUGGGCGCAGUAGCGGUUACAGCAGCCGGAGUCGCUCUGGCAGGGAUAAGUAUGGACCUCCAGUCCGUACUGAGUACCGUCUGGUUGUGGAGAACUUGUCCAGCCGCUGCAGUUGGCAGGACCUGAAGGACUUCAUGCGUCAGGCAGGAGAGGUGACUUAUGCAGACGCCCACAAGGAACGCACCAACGAGGGAGUCAUCGAGUUCCGGUCCCACUCGGACAUGAAGAGGGCUCUGGACAAGUUGGACGGAACAGACAUCAAUGGAAGAAAAAUUCGUCUAGUGGAGGACCGGCCUCGCAGACGAAGGUCCUACUCUGGCAGCCGCUCCAGAUCUCGUAGUCGUCGCCGCUCCCGCAGCAGGAGCCGUAGAAGCCACAGGAGCAGGAGCUCCAGGAGUCGCUCCAGAUCCCACUCCAGGUCUCGUUCCCGCAGCAACAAGAGACGCCGUCAUUCCCGCUCCAGAUCUGGAAGGAAGUCUCGCUCCAAGUCAGGAGAAAGCAAAUCACGCUCUCGCAACCGCAAGUCCCGUUCUCGAUCCCCCAAAUCCAAAUCUCGUUCACGCUCCCGCAAAUCCAGGUCCCGCUCAGCUGAACGGAAAUCUAAGUCCCGUUCAAAGAGCCGUUCCAAGGUGAAGUCCGAACGGGAUUCACGCAGCCGAUCCAAGGAGAUGUCCGGUGAGAAGAAGUCCCGCAGUCGUUCAGCUUCCCCGGUGGAGAACGGGAAGGAGGAGCGUGCCGUAAAAUCCGCCUCCCGCUCCCCGUCCCCACAGGAAGACGACCGCCGAUCCAAGUCGAGGGAGAAACGUUCGGCCUCCCGCUCAAAGUCCCGCUCAAGGUCUCGAUCAGCUUCUCAGGAUUAGUGGGAGUAGAGGAGGGAGGCGUUUCUCUGAUUGUUGAGCUUGAAUCCUUUGCUGUACAUAAUGAGCAGUUUCUUCAUACUGGCUUUAUGCUUCCUGACUCGUCUACUUUUCUCCUUCAAGUCUGCACUUCUCUCAAAACAUGUUUUAGAUGCAGUUUCAUCAGAGGAUGCACGACAGUGACAGGGCUACUUGAUCAGUUUCUUUCCAACACAGUCACUUUUUGGAAUCAUUUUGGUCUUCAUCAAAUCAUCUUCCUCCCAGAAAUUAUUAAUUCUCACAGUAAUUAUUUUCAGAAACCAAACUGCUGGUCUUUAAAAUAUUGAGAGCUAAAACCUGAAGUAGUUAAAGUCUCCCAAAAAUGUCAACAACUUGAAUUAAAAUUUAUUAGAAGCUUUUUAUAGCUGAGUAAGAAUUAAGUUGUAUUAUUUUACUUUGUGUCUCAGUUUGCCACAAAUCUUUCUUUGGUUGGUAUAUUGAUGCGGUUCAGUGUCUCAUGUCCAGUGACGUCUUGGAGCAUUCAUGAUGUUUGAUAUGACUGUUUUAGUUUCGUACUUUUUCAAACUGCACAGCUGUGGGAGAAAAGUAGCGUGUGGCUACAGCAUCGGAGCGGUCUCCCUUUCAUCUGCAGGCUCAGUUGACAGAUUCUUUCAGAAAGCAAUCUUCAUGUUAUCUCGCGGCACUAAAAUGCACAACUGGGAUGUAAGAACAUGUACUGCAGAACUGCAAAUUUACAAGAAAAGAAAACGAUGAGGGUUUGUUUCAUGGUUGAACAAUUUACAUUGUAGAUGGACGAUUACGAUCCCUUUUUAACCUCUUGUACAUAGAGCGUGUGAUCAGAAUUUAAAAGACGUAUUCCUCUUUGUUGCUACUUGACUUUUUUGUGUGUGUAUAAAUUUGAGCAAGUAAUCUGUGGAAAGGCCCAUUUUUUACUUUCUGGAUUUCAGAUUUAGAGUUUAAACGCCUCAAUAGCAGUUGGAUAUCCUGUUUUGCAGCCCAGAUUAAGUCAUUUUCAAUUUGUUUUUGUUUUGUAUGCAAGUUUGAAUCUGGGUGUUUAAGGAGUUUGUCAUGCAUCUGCUUGUUUUAAGUGUGCAGCUAAUACAGGAGCUUUUGAACUCAAAGGACACAUGCAUCCUAGUCUCUGGUUACAAAAACAUGAAACAUCAGUCUCACUGAAAGCGUCCCCUCUCUCCAUCUUGUGGGAAUAAAUUCAGAUUAUUUUUUUCCUCUCCAUGCAAAUGAGGUCUAACAGAAAAUGUCCUUUUUUUAUUGUACGUUCAAUUAAAGAUCUUAAUGAAAAAAAGA